AUGCACCAAAAUAAUGAGCAAGAAACCUCAAAAGAACAAAUGCUCAAGAAAAGGGAAAGGCAACAACAGUAUUGGGAACAAGAUACUUAUAGACAAGAAACUUUUUAUAAUAGUCAAACUCAAGAAAACAAUAGUACCCAAGAACAAGAAACCUUAAAUACUAGCCAAACUCAAUGGCUUCAUAGUAUUCAAGAAUUAACAUAG